AUGUGUGCGAUGCUGGGCCGUCGUGUAGGUCGUGCCUUUACGUCGCUUCGAUGGACGACUAUGCGCGCGUACAGCAAUGCCGUUGAUGCGAUGGCUGCAUCGAUAGCGGAUGCACAUGUCCCUGCCUCGUCCACAUACACAUAUCGAAGACCCAAAUACACGAUACCCAAAGCCAUGAGGGCGUUUCAACAGCCGACAGUUGCGUACCAAGUUCCAAGACUACAUUAUCUCACUGGGAUACAAGAGGUAGAAAAUGCGCUGCCGGAUGCUGUGGCUAACACGGGCACACUUGAGCGCAUCAUUGGUCUGGAUCUCGAGUGGAACUUUGGGUUAAGUGUGGGCAAAACGGCUGUCUUGCAACUCGCUACGGCUUUUGAUAUCUACGUGAUUCAGCUAUCAAAAAUGAGAAAUUUACCCAAUUCACUUGCUUCUAUUCUUACUGAUCCACAUAUACCCAAAACUGGCGUAGCGAUCCAUCAGGAUUUGGCGAAACUACAGCGUGACUUUGGUCUGAUACCAAAAGGAGGACUAGAGCUUUCUCGGUUGGCGUGGCGUUUUGACGCAGAGCGAUGGCAGAAUCACCGUUUUCUUAUUUCUCUCCGUGACUUGUGUAAGGGAUACCUUGCAGUGGACCUUGAUAAAGGUGCCACGCGAAUCAGCUCGUGGACCCAAACACCUUUAUCUAAUGAGCAGAUUGAAUAUGCUGCUUCGGACGCUUAUGUAUCUCUUGAGCUUGUCCAUGCUAUACUUCUCCAUGCCUAUCGAAGAAAUGCUAUCACCUUGAAUGAGAUUCGUGCUUGUAUGCAAGAGGCACCCCACAACCGACUGCGAAAACCACAGCGCUCUCACUCCAUGUCGGCGCCCCUCGCUCACCAACGCGCUUGGGAGGCAUGGAAACAAGGCGCAAGCCUCCAAGAACUUGCACUGGAAAAGCAUAUCCGCCUCACCACGGCCGGCACCUAUAUCGCCAAGGCUGUGCAGGAAUCACCAAAUCCCGUGGAGCAUGGCUCUGAGACGUGGCACCGAUUACGCGCCGAAUACUCGGCUGCCGACAUGCGUCCCAUCACUGUACGGUACGCGCAUGGGUUUGCAAGGCAUGGCGUAUUUAACUACGCAGAACUACAUCAAAUUCUCCAUGCAUUUCGGAUGGCGCAGACCUAA